AGCGGGCAUGGCGGCCGCGGGCGGGCCGCGGCGGCGGCUGGUGCACCUGGACAUGAAGGGCGCCCCGCCCCGCGCCUCCUACCUGGCGGAGGUGAGGGGGUGCCGGCGCCGGCGGUGGGCGGCGGGGUCUCCCCGCCCCGGCCCGGCUCCAGCGCUCGCUGUCCCCUCCGCCCCUCAGGUGCUGCCGCUGCUCCGCGCCCUGGGCGCCACCGGGCUGUUGCUGGAGUACGAGGACACCUUCCCCUGGUCGGGGCCGCUGGAGCCGCUGCGGGCCCCGCACGCCUACAGCCCCGGGGAGGUGCGGGCGGCGCUGAGCCAGGCGAGGGCGCAGCGGCUGGAGGUGGUGCCGCUGGUGCAGACCUUCGGGCACAUGGAGUUUGUGCUGAAGCACAAAGAGUUUGCUCAUCUCCGGGAGGUGAAGAUGUUUCCCAAUGCCCUCAACCCACACAAGGAGGAGUCGCGGGCACUGGUCAAAGCCAUGAUUGACCAGGUCAUGGCACUGCACGAAGAUGUGAAAUGGUUUCACAUCGGAUGUGAUGAGGUCUACUACCUUGGCGAAGGAGAGGAGUCAAAGCAGUGGCUGCAGCAACCAGACAACACUCCAGAGAAGCUGUGCUUAUCCCACAUAAAAGCAGUAGCAAGUUGUGUGGUCUCGUCUUACCCUGCUGUGACGCCCAUCGUGUGGGAUGAUAUGCUCCGAGGGAUGAGUGAGGAAACGCUGGCAGAGUCUGGGGUCCCACAGCUUGUGCAGCCGAUGAUCUGGGACUACGCAGCAGACCUCGACGUGGAGGGCAAAGUGCAUCUCAUAGAGAAGUAUCGUAGAUGUGGCUUCUCCAAGGUGUGGUUUGCGAGUGCUUUUAAAGGAGCUACAGGGGUGAAUCAGUCCCUAACGCUUAUUGGGCACCAUUUAAAAAACCAUCUUCAAUGGCUGAAAGUGGCAAGCAGUAGCCCUGCUGAGGUCCUUGAAGGUAUCGCGCUGACCGGCUGGCAGAGGUAUGAUCACUUCUCUGUUUUGUGCGAGCUUUUGCCUGUGGCAAUUCCAUCACUGGCUGUAUGUCUGCAGGCACUAAAGAAUGGUGGCUAUUCUGAAAAGAUUAAAGAAAAUGUGGAAAAGCUCCUGGGAAUGUCCAGCUUGGAAACUGAAACUUUCAUGAGCGCAAGCCUGGGGACCUUUCCUGGGAGCAACAUCCUUCCCCUUGUGGCACAAGUUAGUUUCUACCUCAAGUCAUCAGUGGAUGAACUUCUUGAAAGGAACAGAUACGUCACAGGUUGGUUCAGCCCCUACCACAGAAAAAGGAAGAUUAUUCAUCCUAUAAUAAUGCAUCACUUUCAGCCAGAUGCAGUGAGUCUCCUCUCCAAGUGGAAUGUUGUGGUGCAAGACCUCCAAGCAGCUAUGGAGCAAGUUUUCCACCAGUGUACUGUAGAGGAGUGGAUGGAGGAGAACGUCCACCCCAGCCUACAGAAGCUGCAGCAAGUGGUGGAUGAUUUAGAUAAAGCAAUAAAAGCACAAAACUAGGGGC